AUGUCUCUUUCAGCAACAAAGAACAAUUUCUUAUUGCAUGAAUCUAGCUCCUUAAAUGAUAUUUCUGAAAGAUCACCAAAAUUAUUCUUUGAUGAUUUAUUAAUUCCAUCAUUACCACCACAAAGCAAAAAUCAUAAAAUAUCAAAGACUUAUUCAUAUAUAUCUAGAUCGGCACCAGCCACAAUUAUUGGUAAAACCAACAAAAGCAAUAGUAGUUCGAUUCUGAAUGAAUUUAAAAAUUCUCAAAAAUUUUCAUCAUACUUACCACCAAUCUUAAGUGAAAAUAUUCCACAGAAAUAUAAUACUGCACCUGCAUCACCACAACAUAUGACAUAUUCUGAAAGAAGUUCAUUCAUUACUCCAACCUCUUCUCCUGGUAGAUCGAAUUAUAAUAAUACCGGAAAUCAAUUAUCUGCACAAUUGAUUUUAACACGUAAUCAUAUGAUUAAUGAGAAUAGUUUUUCAAAUGUUACACAUUUGAAUCAUUUCCCUUUACCAAAUGAAAAUUACAAUAAGAUGAAUAAGAACUUAACUCUAUUGAAUCAAUUAAAUAAAUCUAUUAUUAAUUCAACUAAGAUAACUCCUCCAAGUACAAAUGAAUCAAAUAUAGGAUUAAAUCUACCAUCUUUAAAACAUUUAAAAUUAUUGCCAAAUCCAAAGGUUCAAGAAAAUUCUUAUAUCUACCCUGAUACAUCUGAAACUACGCCAAUUUGGAAAAGAAAUCUUGUAGCGUGGUGCCAACGUGAAUCUGGUGAUGAUUAUGGUAAGAUUCAGGAUAAGAUUCGUCUUGAAAAUAAUCAAAUGACAGAAAAAUUAGGUCAAUUCACAAGUAAUUAUAAAAAUUUAUCAGAAUCAUAUUUAAAUGAACAAACAAAUUUCAAUGAAAUCCCAUCUGUACUAAAACCACAAGAUACUUUUCAAAAAUUGACUAAUAAAGGUUCUUCAUUAUAUAAGAUUCCAGUAACACCUCCAAUGUCACCUAAACGCCAUUCAAUCGAAAAGAAUGAUCAUAUUAGUGACAAUGGAAUUACAAGGACUGAAGUUUUAAAAUUUAGUCCAUUUGUAAGUGAUAAAUUAGUUCAAUUGGUUAAGAAAGAACAAAAAAAAUUAGAAAAGAAAAAUACUACCACUACAAACAAAGACAAUAACAUCAACAACAAUAAUAACAAUGGCCAUAAAAAAACCAAUAGUUUUAAAGCAUUACAAAUCAAGAACUUAUUAGAUAAUCGCGAUAUCCUCUCUAAGACCUCGAAAAAAGUCACUAAAAAAGGACGUAGCAACUCUGCUGGCAGAAAUCAUUUUUAUGCAUCUUCAACUUUGUCAUCACCAUCAAGUAUAAUUAUAGGUACAAAAGCAAAGCAAUUAGUCAUGAAAUUGGAUCAAAAUAAUAAUAAUAGUAGUAGUUCAUCUGAUAGUGAUAACUCAAACGAUAGUAGCAAAACUAAUAGACAACUAAAGAAGAGAAAUAGUAGUAAAUCUAGAUCUAGAUCAAUCUCACCGAUUAGAAGAGCCGCCGGAUCUAUGACUCCACCUACUCCAAAUUACCAUAAAUUCUCAGUGGAAUCUCCACCACAGAGUCCUACUCGUAGUUCUCCAUCUAUUAAUAUUACAUCUCUAUCACCAGCUAAACAAACACAUAAUGGUAAUAAGGCUAACUCUACUCAUAAAAAGCAUUCCCAUCAUACUCCACAUGCUAUUCGUACAUGUGUUUCAUGUCAUUCCAGUGAUUCUCCAUGUUGGAGACCAUCAUGGUCUCAUAGAAAACAAGACCAAUUAUGUAAUUCAUGUGGACUACGUUAUAAGAAAACACAUACUAGAUGUUUGAACGAUAAUUGUAGAAAGAUUCCAACAAAGGGUGAAUUAAAUAUUAUGAAGAGUAAUGGUAUCUUUAAGGAUUAUGUUAAUGGUUUAGAAGGAACAACAGAAGGUUAUAGAUGCUUAUUCUGCAAUACUAUUACAGAAACGACGCAAGCAUAA